AUGUCGGAGCAAACGGAGCAAUUGUUGCUGGGUAGACUCGGAAAGCCAUUGCCUGCAGUCCGAUCUAGAAUAGUGAGGAUAUUCACAAGUUCAACGUUCACAGAUACAUCAGUAGAAAGAAAUGCAUUGAUGCAAGAUGUUUAUCCCAAACUCAGGGAUUACUGUAAAUCUAAAUAUGGAUUAGAAUUUCAAGUCGUGGAUAUGAGAUGGGGAGUACGAGACGAAGCUACAGAUGAUCACAUGACGUCACAGUUAUGUAUGAAUGAAAUCGCAGCGUGUCAGAGAUUAUCAAUUGGACCGAAUUUCGUGACAUUCCUGUGUCAGAAAUACGGUUACCGCCCGUUUCCACCAAAGAUCCCCGAUGACGAGUUCAAGUCAUUUAUCAGCAUAUUAACUGAAGAAAAUCAAUCCGUUGAACUAUUACAAGAGUGGUUCAAGAAAGAUGAAAACGCCGACCCAGCAAUCUGGAUCCUACAACCCAUUAGCUCUAUAUUGAAACAUUACAAUGAUAAUGAACAUGAAGAUGAAAUGGCAGAGGAUAGACAGAAAUGGUGGAAUGUAUUGGAACAUUUGCAAAAACAACUGAGAUAUGUAUCGGAUAUAUCUCAGAAAAAUGGGAUGAUUACAGAACAGCAAAGAGCCAAGUAUACCAUAUCAGUCACACACGACGAGGUUUUACAUGGCAUACUUGACUAUGAUACCAAACGAGAAAACCAUUGUCUGUGCUUUGUUCGGAAAUUCGAAGACCUGCCACAACGCAUAGAGGAGAAAGAAGCUCAGAAUUACAUCGACAUCAAUUGGGAGAAUAAUACUGUAGAUGAAGCAGCGCAAGAGAUUUUGAAUGACUUGAGAGAUACGAAGGUUCCCGGAUGUUUAGAUAAAGCAAACAUAAUAGUUUCAAAUUUAAAUAGUUGGUCAGCCAAAGGCAUAGAUGUCGAUAUACCCGAACAUAAACAAUACUUAAAUCAAUUUCUUGAGAGAUUCAAUGAUGUCAUUGUUGAAUUGAUUGAUCGUGCCGUGGAAGAUGACAAAAACAACCUCAGUAACCACCCCGUGUAUGAAGAGAUUUUGCAGCAUCUAACUUUUUGUGACUCGAAAUGUCAAUCUUUUCACGGGAGGGAAGAUUUGUUAUCUUGCAUCAAAGAUUAUUUAGGGGAAUGCGUCGAGAAUUCUAUGAAAGGAUUUCCUUUAAUUGUACAUGGUGAGUCUGGUAGUGGUAAAACUUCAGUGAUUGCUAAAGCAGCCUAUCUAGCGGGCUCGGAGUGGUGUGUUACCAAUAAUACAGCAUCAAUAGUAAGAUUCCUGGGCACAACACCGGCCAGUACUGGUAUACGGCAAUUAUUGAAGUCUUUAUGCAAGCAUAUACUUUGUAUAUAUGGCGACACAACCCAAGAAAUUCCAGAUGGAUAUUUUCAGCUGGUUCAGUUGUUUCCAAAGCUCCUACAAUACGCAACACAAAGUAAGCCAUUGGUAAUCUUUCUGGAUUCUCUGGAUCAGCUUUCAUCAGUUGAAGGAGCACAUAGGAUGGCUUGGUUACCACGACGCUUACCAGCUCAUGUUGCUAUGGUCGUAUCAACCCUACCAGAGGAACACAGCAUACUUAAAACUUUGAAGACCAUUCUACCAGAAGAAACAAGAUACCAAGAAGUCAAUAAACUUUCUAUUGAUGACAGUACUUUUAUAAUGCAGUCAUGGCUAAAGUCAAUUAACAGAGUAAAUACAGAUGGUCAGCAGCAGAUAGUAUCUAAUGCCAUUCAACAAUGUAGUUUACCACUUUUCUUAAAGUUGCUAUUCAACCAAGCAUCUAGCUGGCAAUCGUAUUUAUCAACUGAUAACAUCAAUGUACAACCAUCAGUUAAGGACAUGAUUUCAAUUAUAUUUGAUCGCCUUGAAGAAUAUCACGGCAAAGUAUUGGUUUCCCAUGCAUUGAGUUACAUGACCAUUUCACAGAAUGGUAUCGGAGAAGCUGAAUUGGAAGACUUACUGUCACUGGAUGAUGAAGUCUUACAAGAUGUGUAUGCUUACUGGUUACCACCAACACGGAGAAUACCACAACUGCUGUGGACACGUAUUCGAGCUGAAAUUAAUGAUUAUCUGGUAGAAAGAGAAUCAGAAGGGUCUCGCGUUAUAUACUGGUAUCAUCGACAGUUUAUUGAAGUAGCAGCUGAAAGGUAUCUACACGACUCUGAAUUUGUGACACAGUUGCAUAUGCUCUGCGCAGAGUACUUUAUUGGUAAAUGGAGUGGUGGGAAGAAAAAAACGUUUGAAUACACAGAUGAACAAAUGAAGAAGUUCAACAAAACUGAAAAACAAGAUGAAGCUGACAGAAUGGUCUCUACACAGCCCCUCGAGUUUGAAACUGGAAAAUUCAACAUUCGUAAAUUGGAACAACUCCCUUACCACCUUAUUCAUGCAAGAAAUCCAGAUCUUCUCAAGGAAUAUACUCUAUGUAACUUUCAGUUUAUAUCGGCAAAAUUGAGAGGCAUGUCUCUUGGUGAAGUGUUACAAGAUUUUACUAUGGCGCUUGCAAAGUACGAAGAUGAUGAUGAAAUCGCAUUGACCAGUGAUACUCUGAGAUUAGGUGCUUCUAAUAUACGUGAACAUCCUGAUAAUCUCAAAGUUGAACUUAUUGGUAGAUUGAAAGAUUCUAAGGAAACGUUUCUACAUCAAUUGGUUUCUGAUGCGGAACAAGCAGAGUCUGUGGAACUCCCACUCAUCCCAUACAAUCAGUGUUACCCACCACCUGGUGGCCCACUUCGCACCCAGCUGCUGGGACACACAGACGAAGUUACAUCUUUGGCAGUUACAUCAGACAACAUGUACAUUGUCAGUGGUUCAAAGGACAAGACAGCAAUUGUAUGGGAAAUAGAAGGUAGCAGUUUGCUACAUCGACUAGAAGGCCAUCAUGAAUCACCAAUCGCCAAUGUUGGGAUAGCUCCUAAUAACCUGAUGACAGUAACGUAUUGCUACACAUCAAAAAAAAACAGUGAUACUAGUGAUGAGAUUAACGUCUGGAAUAUUGAGUCUGGCGAACAUUUCCUUACACUUGAAGGUCACACGGGAAACAGUAAAUGUGACAUGACAUUCACAUCAGAUUCGAAGUAUGCAGUGAGUGCAAUGUACACUGAUCAAUUGGACAACAAUAUUCAAAAGAGUGGGCAUUAUUUUAUGGUUUGGAGCUUAGAAGAUGGACAGAAAUUAUAUUCUAGAGUUGAAGCCCAUGCAGAUUACAUUAAUGACAUUGCUGUCGGACGAUCUUCUGAGGGAUGCUACCUAGUGGUCACGUGUGGUGAUAAGCAGGACCCCUGUAUUAAGAUUUGGGACCUACUCACCGGGCAGUCCAUCCAUGAAAUAAGAGAUAAAGUCAUCCCUCGUCAUAAUCCGUGUAAGCAACUGUCCACGUCAAAAAAUGGUCGCUAUAUUGCAUUUCAUUUUGACCGACCAGGUAUAUUAGAUGUCAGUAAUGGUGAAUUCACUUACCUGGGUAAAGUUGAAGUCGACAAUGCUGGUAUUGUAAAGUUUCUGGACAAUCAUAAACAUGUAUUAUUUAAAAAUGAUGGUCACGUGGAGACUGCUUUUGUUUUCAAUACUGAUGACAAUGAAAUAGUACGACACGUGCUAUUCCCUGGUGGUCAUGGUGGGAGCAUCAAGCAGUUGUAUCACACGAAUGGUUGGGAAACCAUAAUCACAAGACAUGAUAAAUUUGAGAAAGGCAUAGUUUGGAAGCUGGACCAGAGUGAUAACCCCUUAAUGUGCAUUACAUGUACACCCUUGGGUAAUCUUUCACACAAUAACAUAGUUAAUACAAUGGUUUUUGUAAAUGAUUCUCCAGCAACAUUCGCCAUCACUGGGUCAUCUGACAAGAGCAUCAAAAUUUGGAAUAUUAGAAGUUUUGCACAAACCGCUAAAUCUAUCAGAAAUUUGAAAGAAGAUUUUAAUCUAGAAGAAAGUGAAACCUUUGCGGAGAGAAAACCACAUUUCCGGCAAAUUGUCAACCGAGUUGUGUCUCUUGACGAAGAAAAACGAGUUGCCAUACUUGAUAAUCAUGGUUGCAAUAUCUCUUUAUAUGAUGUAACAGAAGGGCAGCUGAUUUCAUCUCGUGAAAGUGUGGGGCAUGCAAAAGGUAUCGGAAUAGCGGCUACUGUAAAUGGGAACAGAUUGCUUUCAUUAGGUGGUCAUGACUUGACAGAAUACAACUCUGAAACUUUGGAACCAUUGACAGACAAAUCAACACAGGUAGACGUACCAUGUAAUGGUUUACUGAUUUCAAAUAAUAACAGUGUUGGCCUUCUACUUGCUGGGAGCAGACAAAUCGAUGAAAUUGUCCUAUAUAACAUUGACAAUGGAGAGACAUUGAAAAAGUACAAACCACACAGUGGGGUAGGUAAUAUUAUAUUACUGACAGACCAGAGAAUGCUCUUACUGUGCAACAAUCAUCUGACAAUGGUGGAUCUAAACACAGCAGAAGAUAUAUACAACCAUAACUAUAAUCCCAAUGAUGCAAAUGAUUUUAUGAUUUGUGGGGCCAUGACAUCUGAUGAGAAAAUAUUGGUUACUGGUUAUGGCAAUGGAAUAAUUAAGAUGUUUGAAGUUCAAUCUGGUAACAAUAUUCGCGAAACUAAAGCCCAUGAAAGUCAACUGAGAAACGGACAUGAGCAUGAAGAGAAGAUUUUCACGGAUAUAACAAUGUCAUUUGAUGAUAGUUUCUUUGUCACAGCUUCGAGCGAUCAAACAGCAAAGGUCUGGGAUGUUUCGUCUCUAGAACAGAUCCAUGUAUUAAAGGGUCAUACAAAUACAGUGAUGAAUGCAAAAAUAACAGGUGAUGACCAAUUCAUCCUGACAUCAUCAACAGAAAUAUUUUUUAAAGUAUGGAAUGCCAAAUCUGGGGAGCACCUGGUGAAUAUUAUGGGAUACUCUUUAAUUAGUACAAUGUUCAUUCUGCCACAGACUAACAGAGUUGUUGUAACUACAGCAGAUGAGAGAGUAAUGUUCUUCAAAGUACAAAAUAUACAGUCACAGUGUGAGCAGAAAGAAGUGGAGGAAUCCAAGUCUGAAGAAAUUAUUCAGUCAAACGAAAUGAAUGACACAGAACAGAGGGAUGUUUCAACACCAACACAACAGUCUCCAACACCCACAGUGAACGACAACGUUGUUCUAGAAGAACAAUCAUCAGAAACCCCAACAGAGGAUGUAGAUGAAGAGUCUUCUGAGCCUUCUGUUUCCAAAACUGUGGAAGAUGAAAAUGUUGUUAGGGAACAAUCACCAGAACCCCCGAAAGAAGACUUUGCACAGGAGUCUUCACCAUCUCCCGUAACACAAAAUGGUGUAGCAGACCAAGUACCAGAAGAUGAGGUGCCUUCUGCGCCAACUACAGAGCAACCACAAGAACCUGCUAAAGUUGAAAGUCAGGUGGAGCAACGUCAAGCAAAACCCUCCACUCCAGUACCCCUGCAACCCGAGUCAGUGAAAAACACACCGCCAAAACACACAGAUCCAGCUAAACAUAAAAUUCAACAAAGUUAUCGACCACCUGUACAGCCAUCCCCAGGGAGAUUCAUGGUAGUUUUAACACAACUAAAUGUUACUUUGGACUGUACUUUACAGUCUUUGCGUAUUCUCGGGGUGGACAUGGCAACCAUCACUGUAAAAACAUUGAUGGUUGUUGAGACUCCCCUUAACACUGUUACAAGACUACCCCUGUGUAACUCGUAUAAAUUUGAUUUUCAGGAUUACUUCAAAGUUGAGUUUCUAUUGUUUUCUCGAAUUUCCACCGGCUCUUCGCUCGGCGUUCCGCAUUCCUCAGCAGCAUGGGCAGAGCCCGUAGAAAUACGUGGUACAGUGGUACACGUCUUAGCAAUGUGGAACGUCUUGUGA